AUGGACAAGCAGGAGAAUCUCCUCGCGAGCAGCAGCGGCAAGAAGCGCUCCGAAGCCAAGAUGGCCGCCUCCACCAGCAGCCCCGACGACCACGCCACCCGCGAGCCGCCCACCAAGAAGCUGCGCCGGAGCUAUGUUGCCUGUCACCGCUGCCACUCGCACAAGAUCAAGUGCUCGGGCGAGACGCCCUGCCGCAGCUGCAGGAAGUCCAACAAUUCGAGCCAAUGCGUCUACCCGGUCCGAGAUCGGAAGGUCGUCAUCUCUGAGAGCUACCUCAAGAAGCUCGAGGCAGAGAAUGCCGCCCUCAAACGCACUUCGCCGACCCCGCCUUCCCAGGACGAGUCCCGCCAAGACACCGCCGCUGACGACAGCGACGUCGACGUCGCCAACGUCGACGUAGCCAAUCCCCUCCUCGAGGAGCAUGUCCAGCAACAGCGCCCCGCUCCUUUCGAUCGCGCCGCUGGCAAGCCCUUGUACAUCGGUGGCGCCGCCUGCACCGCGUUCGGCACCCGCCUGCGCUUCUACGUCAAGGGAAAUGACAUGGUGCCUCAGCCGCGCCGCAUGGUGUGCUACAAGCACCGCGGCCUGCUGCGCAUUGCCAAUACCGAGUUCCAGCUGCCGAACAAGACGUAUGCCCGCAUGUUGGUGCAGGUCGUCCUGCGCUUCAUAGGGAGCGACUACCACCUCAUCCAAAGGAAAAGCUUCUUGAGACGUAUGGACGAGAUGUACACUGCGCAGACGCACGACGAUCCCGUCUUUCUCUGCAGACUGUUUGUGGUUUUCGCGUUGGGCGAGCUGUAUUCCAAGAAGACGGCCGUGGCUGGCAACAGGAGAACGGUACCUGGAACGGCGUUCUUCCUGCAAGCCAUGUCUCUCUUCCAGGACCUGCACGAGGAGGCGGAUGUGGACUACAUUGAAACCCUGUUGAUCAUGUCUUUCUACUCGCACGCCUUGAACCGCAAGAACACGGCGUACACCUACGCCGGUCUUGCCCUCCGUCUCAGUCUUACUCUCGGCCUUCAUCGCAACCUCACUUACGACAAGAGCAUCAGCGCUGUCGAAAUUGAAAACCGCCGGCGAGUGUGGUGGACCGUGUACACCUUUGACCGCAUGUGCAGCUCCAAGUUGGGGCAUCCUGUCAUGAUCCGUGACGAGGAUAUUGACACGCCUCUGCCGUCUACUGAUGGGCUUUCUCCAGCGGAACGGGAAGAGUUCCUGGACGCCGAGCAAUUGAUCGCCACCGUCAAGCUUUCGCGGAUAACUGGGAACAUUCUCAACCUCAUCUACAGCAUACCAGGCGCCCAGCAAGAGAUCAACUUUGUCCGCAACGUUCACAAGAUCCUGAACAGCCUCAAGGAGUGGGAUGCAACGCUGCCUGCGAGCUUGAGGCUUGACCCCACAGUCUCUCCUCCGUACAAAACUCGAUCGAUUGCUUCGCUGCGUCUUCACUUCAAUCAGUGCAUCAUUCUCACAACCCGUCCGAUUCUUCUCUACGUCUUCAAAUACCACGUUCGCCCUGCUGGUUCCGCUGCCUCUCCAAACACGACGCGACCCCUUUCUCCCAUGACCGCCGCUCUCAGCGAAGCAUGCAUCCACGCAGCUCGCAGCAGCAACAAGCUCCUUGCCCAGCUCUGGAUCGAUGGUGCAAUUGCAACGUUCGGGUACUUUGAUGCCCACUACAUCUUCAGCAGCUCCAUUGUUCUGCUGAUGUCUAAUAUCCUCAACCCAUCUGAGUUUGACAAGGACUCGAUUGAUCUGGCCUGGAGUCUUCUGCAGUCCAUGGCUGAUGAUGGCAACCUUCCUGCGAGUGAAUACUGCGAACGUCUUGCAUUGCUGCAGAAGGAUUUGGAUGAUAUGUGUGGCAACGGAGGUGAUGCGCCGCAUGAAUUCAAUGGGGUUACGCCUCAAGAGCAUCGGCCAUCGUUCGAUGCUGGUCUCAAACUUGAGCCGCACGUGUCCCCUGAACUCCUCCACAAGGCUUCACCACCCUCUCCUCAUACCAACCUGCAACAACACACGCCCCCGACUUUGGAUAUGAACCUGGCAGCUGGCGAACGGAAUCAUGUUUCAGCCUCUGUCAAUCAGUUCAUCAAGAGUUUGCAGGCCACAAAUGGAGGCGGGCUGUCUCCAGGUCCGGCGGGUAGUGACGCGGGCACAGCUCCGCUGGAUGAUCCGUACAUUCAGGAUUUUUUGACCCAGCCAGACCAUCAAUGGAGUCCGGGAACGCUGGGGAUGACCGGAGAGAAUUCCGUGCCAUGGGCUUUUGCUUGGGAAUCGGGUGAGCUACAAACGGGUUUCAAUGGACUGUGA